ACACAGCACAUUGCACCAUUCUGGACAAAGGUGCCUGUGAGCCUCACUGAACCUCAAGCUUCUCUCAAAGACACAGUCACAGAGGAGACAGCAGACACCAUGGGAUCCCUGUCAGUCUCUACCCACAGAGGACUUGUCCACUGGCAAGGGCUCCUGGUGGCCAUCUCACUCUUCAAUUUCUGGUGCCAGCCCACCACAGCUCAACUUGCUAUUGUGUCAACCUAUGCUGCUGAAGGGAAGGAAGUACUUCUGCGUGUCCAAAAUAAGCCUCCCAAUCAUUCAGGCCUCCGUUGGUACAAGGGGGAAGGCGCGAACCAAAAUAAUGUACUUGCAUUUCUUAUAGAAAAGCCAGAAAUGUAUUUCAGAUGUCCUUCAUUUGGACGAGUGGUAUUAGAACCAGAUUGGUCCUUGCUGAUAAAGAAGGUCUCCAAAGCUGAUGCAGGAAUGUACACUAUAGUAGUCUACCUUACAGAUUCAAAAAAAGAAAUAGGAUUUGGAAGGCUUACUGUAUAUGAGCCUGAAUUAGUGGUCUCCCUGGUAGCCAGUAACACCACAGUCACAGAGAAUAAGGAUUCUGUGGUCUUGACCUGCAACACAAAUGCACUGUUCAUCCACUGGUUGUUCAAGGGCAUGAAUCUGAAGCUCAAUGAACGCAUGAAGAUAUCAGAAGACCACCGAAGCCUCACCAUAGACCCUGUGAAGAGAGAAGAUGCUGGGUAUUACUGGUGUGAAGUUUCCAACCCCAUCAGGUCUACUGAAAGUUGGUCAGUUACACUGGAUGUGAAAUUUGAGUGACCCUCCUUUCUUCCCAUAUGUUAUUAAAUUCUAAAUAAAAAGUUUU